ACAUUUUGCGCCUGCGUAGUGCUUCGCCGGUACCCACGUGUGUCAGCGAUAGGCGAGCAUUAACCAGUGUGACUACAGCACCUUGUGUCUACUGUCAGUAUCGCCAUGUCCUGGUUAUUCGGUCUCAACAAAGGUCAGCCGGAUUCCUCUGGUGUACCGGGCCUGCCCCCACCACCGGCACCACCUGGAGGAGAUGGAAGCGGUGGAGAUAAGAAUAAACCUAAUGACAAGUGGAGCAACUUUGACCCUACUGGCUUGGAGAGGGCGGCCAAGGCAGCCAGGGAGCUUGACCAAUCACGACAUGCAAAAGAAGCUCUUAACCUUGCGAAGAUGCAAGAGGAGACUCUUCACUUGGAACAGCAAGCGAAGGUUAAGGAAUAUGAAGCUGCCGUGGAACAGCUGAAAAAUGAGCAAGUCCGAAUUCAGUCAGAGGAGCGUAGGAAAACGCUGAAUGAGGAAACUAAACAGCAUCAAGCAAGGGCUCAGUAUCAGGACAAACUUGCAAGACAGCGCUACGAAGACCAGCUAAGGCAGCAGCAAAUGCAAAAUGAAGAAAACUUGCGAAGACAAGAAGAAUCUGUCCAGAAACAGGAAGCUAUGCGUAGAGCCACUGUUGAGCAUGAAAUGGAACUACGACACAAGAAUGAGAUGCUGCGCAUUGAGGCAGAAGCCCGAGCUCGUGCAAAAGUAGAGCGCGAAAAUGCGGAUAUCAUAAGGGAACAGAUUCGGCUGAAAGCUGCUGAGCAUCGACAGACUGUUUUGGAAUCUAUCAAGACUGCUGGAACAGUAUUUGGAGAAGGUUUCCGUACUUUUAUAUCAGACUGGGAUAAAGUGACUGCAACUGCAGCUGGAUUAACUCUUCUAGCAGUGGGUGUUUACACUGCCAAGAAUGCCACUGGUGUUGCUGGCCGUUAUAUUGAAGCUCGCCUAGGAAAACCGUCCUUAGUUAGAGACACAUCGCGUAUCACGGUGCUUGAAGCAGCAAAGCAUCCUAUUAAGGUCAGCAAGCGCCUUUUCAGCAAGAUUCAGGAUGCCUUGGAGGGUGUUGUUCUCAGUCCAAAACUAGAGGAGCGAGUGCGAGAUAUUGCAAUUGCCACAAGAAACACCAAGAGGAACAAAGGCCUUUAUAGAAAUAUUUUGAUGUAUGGUCCCCCUGGGACUGGAAAGACCCUUUUUGCUAAGAAAUUAGCCGUGCAUUCUGGCAUGGAUUAUGCCAUCAUGACAGGUGGUGAUGUUGCCCCUAUGGGGCGAGAAGGUGUUACUGCAAUGCAUAAAGUUUUUGAUUGGGCAAACACUAGCAAGAGGGGACUUCUGUUGUUUGUUGAUGAAGCUGAUGCCUUCCUAAGGAAAAGAUCUACAGAAAAGAUUAGUGAAGAUCUGAGGGCAACAUUAAAUGCAUUUCUGUACAGAACAGGAGAGCAGAGCAACAAGUUUAUGUUGGUGUUAGCCAGUAACCAGCCUGAGCAGUUUGAUUGGGCCAUAAAUGACCGAAUAGAUGAAAUAGUCAACUUUGCCCUUCCAGGUCUAGAGGAGAGAGAGCGUCUGGUCAGGCUUUAUUUUGAUAAAUAUGUUCUCAUACCAGCAACUGAAGGCAAGCAACGUUUAAAAGUUGCCCAGUUUGACUAUGGAAAGAAGUGCUCUGAACUAGCAACGGUGACAACAGGCAUGUCUGGCAGAGAGAUUUCUAAACUUGGUGUAUCAUGGCAGGCUGCGGCUUAUGCUUCAGAGGAUGGCAUUCUGACCGAAGCCAUGAUUGACGCCCGUGUUGCUGAUGCUGUUCGGCAGCACCAACAGAAGAUGGAGUGGCUCAAGGCCGAAGGCAAGGAAGAGGGAAAAGAACCAGGCAAAAACCCACUGCAACCACUUUUAGAGGGUACACCAGUCUGACCAGGCAAUGAAAUUAACCAUGGCCAUUAAACUUCUUCAGCUUGCUGUCUACAGCAGGUGUGUCCAUUAUCUUCAGGAGCAGUUGCCAAUGAGUAGUCGGCUUAUCCUCUAUUUGGAGACAAAGGAUUAUCAUGGAUCGUUCUUUUUCCACAGAGGGUACAGGGACCAGGGAUCCUUAAUCACGCUCCCUGAAGGCAGCUACUAAAGUUUUCACCAUUCAUUCCCUAUGGACCUCUCUCUCUUUUUAUAUUUUUAGGAUAACCAUGAUUUAUUAAUAUAUUACAAACAAGCAAAUUAUUGUUUUCAAACAAAACAGAACUGCUGCAAUAAAUGAUCACUGUUGAAAAUGGA